GAAUCGCAGCGGUCAGUCGCGCUUGCGCAUCGGAGACGCUCGCACGCGCCUCUUAAUACGUAAAACCGCGCUCGAAACUUACGAAUUGUGACAGUGACAUGGUUUUGUGCUCUAAACGGAUUAAGUUACGGUGUCAUUGAAAACGUUGCGUCGGAGGUGCGCUGCAAGUGCGGUGAUGCGCCGCGCGCGCCCGCGCUCCACACAUGCAUGCCGCCCGCGCACCAGGUGUGGUUGUGAUGAAAUGGUGGUGUACGGUGGCGCUGCUGGCGCUGUCGGUGGCCCCCCGCCGCGCCGCGCCCCGCGCCGCCAUCGGUGAGCAAUUCUACAGUUACCAGAUGUCGCGCAAAUCUUGUGCGGUGGGCGGGGCGCGGGGCGCAUGCAUGUGGGUGCAGGAGUGCAAUCGAGUCGGUGGCAUACACGCCGGAGUUUGUGUCGAUGGCUUCAUGUUCGGCUCCUGCUGUCGGUUGCCGGAAAAACCUAUUCAUAUCGAAGAAACUCAAAAUCCUACCACCAUUACCGACCGACCAUAUGCAGCGCCAUCGAGCGCCACUACCACGCAACCGCCCGAGACAACACAAGCUCCACCGCGGCCUACAUCGCAAACACAGCGGCCGUCGUUUAUGACGAAGCCGAUAGAUGGCGCACCUUCAUAUAACUAUAGACCGCCAGAAAUUAACUUGCCCUCAUUAAGCAUAGAAUCAAGUAGCGAACAAAAUAGUGAUAUAGUUAAUAAAAUACCAUAUAACAAUGUAAAUAAGUACCAAAAUGUAAAUAGGCCGAGCGGCGAAAUGGAAACUAGUCCCCAUAACAAAAUUUCGUCUAGUCUUAGCGUAUUGGCCGGCGCGCGGCCCAUGGCGGUGUCGGAGCAACAUCCAGACAACAGUAUUAGUGGAGCGCACAUGAUGUCCCGACCUAACAAUGCGAACACACAAUGGCAGGCGACGACGGAGCCGACCUUCGUGACCAAAACGCGGCCUGGCAGUUGGGAGAAGCCUGGCAAGCCCAAGCCGACCAAAAAGUUCACUACGACCACGGCUAAACCACAUAAAAGUCAUAAGCCUAAAGACCCGACGCUGAAUGUCAUUAAAACGGAUGAGCCAACGCCUCCUCCCAUUCAUACUACAGCCGCUACUCAUAGCGUAGAGUGUGGUGUGACGGCCAUGUGGCCGAGGCCUGAGACGCGCAUCAUGGGCGGUCAGGAUUCCAGCUUUGGGCGGUGGCCGUGGCAGGUCUCUGUCAGAAGGAAUUCCUUCUUCGGUUUCUCGUCUACCCACCGCUGUGGCGGGGCCAUUAUAAAUGAAGGAUGGAUUGCCACGGCAGGGCACUGCGUUGAUGACUUGCUGACGUCACAGAUAAGAAUACGUGUCGGUGAAUACGACUUCUCGUCUGUAUCCGAACAGUAUCCCUUCGUGGAGCGCGGUGUCGCGAGAAAAGCGGUCCAUCCGAAGUACAACUUCUUCACUUAUGAAUACGACCUGGCGCUGGUCAAAUUGGACUCGCCUGUACAGUUCGCGCCUCACAUAUCGCCCAUUUGUCUGCCCGCGACUGAUGACUUAUUGGUCGGUGAGAACGCGACCGUCACUGGAUGGGGCCGACUGUCGGAAGGCGGUGUGUUACCUUCGGUGUUACAAGAGGUACAAGUUCCGAUAUUGUCGAACGAGCGCUGCAAGUCGAUGUUCCUCCGCGCGGGACGACACGAGUUCAUUCCGGAUAUAUUCUUGUGCGCGGGACACGAGAGAGGAGGACAUGACUCUUGUCAAGGGGACUCCGGGGGACCGCUACAAGUAAAAGGAAAAGAUCAGAGAUAUUUCCUAGCCGGCAUCAUAAGUUGGGGUAUCGGUUGUGGGGAAGCGAACCUACCCGGAGUUUGCACUAGGAUAUCUAAGUUCGUACCUUGGAUAUUACAGACAGUAAGCUCGUAAAAAGUGUUUUAAGUGAUGAACAAUAAAAUAUGUUUAAGAACAAAUUUAAUGGACGAAACGAUCGAACUAACGAAAAUGAUACAGUGCAAGUUACCUUCAAAAAUGUUGAUACAUUCAACGUUUUCUGAGGCGUUUUAUUAAUGGUCUUAGGGCUGCCAAAUUACGGACAAGUAAAUAAUGUCCACUUUUGAUCCUUAGAGGACAACAAGCUUUGUUGACAUCACUCUAACCUGAAGAUAUCGCUGUCGAAGCAGCUUUAUUGGGUUUAAUAGUAACUCGAAUGUUUCGGGUCAAACGAAAAAGUGGCAGCCCUAAAUUUACCGGA